AUGGAGGAGCAAAUGCAGCAGUUCAUGCGGCAGUACGAGGCCAUUGAACGCAAGCCCAGGUCGUCUGACGACCCCGUGGACCUGCAGAAGUGGCGCAUCCUCAACCGCCUGCACGACCGCAACGAGACUCUGUAUUACCGGAUCCUGAUGGACAACAUAGAGGAGAUGUCGCGCAUUGUCUACACGCCCACGGUGGGCAUGGUGUGCCAGCGCUACGCCUCCCUCUUCCGCCGCCCCCGGGGCAUGUACUUCAGCGCCAAUGACCAGGGCGAGAUGGCCUCCAUGGUGCACAACUGGCCCUCCGACCAUGUGGAUAUCAUAGUGAUCACGGAUGGCAGCAGAGUGCUGGGAGUGGGCGACUGUGGCGUGCAGGCCGUGUCGGCGCCGGUGGGGAAGCUGGACAUGUACGUGGCUGCUGCUGGCAUCAACCCCAACCGGGUGCUGCCUGUCGUUUUCGAUGUGGGCACCAACAACAGCGAGCUCAUGAAGGACCCACUCUACCUGGGCCUGCGCCAUCCGCGCAUAGACGGGGAGGACUAUCUGGAGCUCAUAGACGAGUUCAUGGAGGCGGUUACCGCCCGCUGGCCUAAUGUUAUCGUCCAGUUCGAGGACAUGGAGCGCAAGUGGGCGCACGUGCUCAUGGACCGCUACAGGCACCAGUAUCGCACGUUCAAUGACGACAUCCAGGGCACGGGGGGGCUGGCUGUGGCGGCGGUGACCAACGUGCUCAGGGCGCAGGAGCUGCCUCCUAGUGAACUGGCGAAUUGCAAAAUGGUUGUGACCGGCGCAGGCAGUGCCGUGCAGGGCAUGCUGACAGCACUUCAAAAGGCGAUGGUGGCGCAUUUGGGAGAGAGCAAGCACAGCUACCUGCAGGCUGCUCGCAACUUCUGGAUCGUGGAUAACAAGGUGCGUGGGAGUGAGAUGCGGUGGAAUGCGGGCCUUAUGACGGAAGCCAGGGGCGCAGUACCCAACCAGCUGCGGCCCUUCCUGAGGCCGGCAGCAGAGGCGUGGGAGGAGGGGGGGCUGCAGGAGGGCGCCCAUUUAGCCGCGGUGAUCAAGGCAGUGCAGCCGCACGUGCUGUUUGGGCUGUCGGGCAAGCACCACCUGGGCGCAGUACCCAACCAGCUGCGGCCCUUCCUGAGGCCGGAAGCAGAAGCACGGGAGGAGGGCGGGCUGCAGGAGGGGGCGCACCUGGCAGCGGUGAUCAAGGCGGUGCAGCCGCACGUGCUGUUUGGGCUGUCGGGCAAGCACCACCUGUUUGACAAGGAUGUGCUGCGAGCUGUGAAGAACAGUGGCGUGCCCCGCCCUGCCAUCCUGCCCCUCUCCUGCCCUGCCAACCACUCUGUGCUGUUUGGGCUGUCGGGCAAGCACCACCUGUUUGACAAGGGCGUGCUGCGGCCUGCUAUCCGGCCUCUCUCCUGCCCUGCCAGCCACUCGGAGUGCACGGCACAGCAGGCGUUUGAAGCAGUGGGUCCCAACGCCCUCUUCCUCUCCGGAGUCAGCUACCCCUCAGUGCGCUUCCCUUCUAUUGCCACAGACUUGGCUAAUCCACCUUUGGCCUUCAUGUCGUCUCCCCUUCACACGCACCUUCUCCGAACCUGCGACCCACAAACGUCUCCCUCCUAA